UCACACUCCUUUACUUCACUCUCGUUUGUCCUCCACAGUACAGAAUGGCGAGCUUUCUACGCGGAAAGCAAGCUGGUAUUCAGAAUGACCUCUCUGCGGGCAUUCUUUCAGAGUUGUUCGCUCCUGACGAUCAAGCUCGCUAUGGAAUCAACUCUCAAAUUGGAUCCUUAGCAUACGACCCCGUUCAAUCCCUCCUUGCGAUAGGAACAAACGAGACGACAUUUGGCAGCGGACAAAUCUAUAUCUUUGGGCAACAGCGAGUGCAGGCUACACUCACUUUACCCCGCCGAGCCUCUGUCAAGACCCUCCAAUUUUGUGCCGACCGACUCAUAAGUCUCGAUUCGAAGAACGAGUUGAUAAUAUGGGACCUGGCACUGCAGAAGAAGGUGGCCAGCUAUGCUCCACCUGGGAUUGUCACUGCUUUAGUGACAGAUCCUAUGCUGGAUUGGGCUUUGAUUGGAUUACAAAAUGGCGAGGUGAUUGCGUUUGAUCUGGACAGAGAGAAGCUCGCACCCCUGCGGCUACCCAACUUCUGGCGGGAACGAAAUCCAAGAGCCAGAUUAGUGUCAAUCGUCUCUAUGCAACUGCAUCCACGGGAUAUUGGCCAGUUGCUUAUAGGAUAUCCCGAAGGCGCCGUCAUUUACUCAUUCAAACAGAACAGGGCCAUCAAAUUCUUCGAAUAUGAGGUACCCAUUGGAGCGCCAGGAGGAACAGCAGAUCCAAUAGGAGCUGAGAAAGUGCGGAAGCCUCAUUUGACACAAGUCUUCUGGCAUCCCAGUGGCACUUUCGUGGGAACUGCACAUGACGAUUCUUCAUUGGUAUUCUGGGAUCCCAAAGAUGGUCGAGUGGUCAUGGCAAGGACCAUAACAGACUCACAUGUCGACAAACCCGGAACCCAAUCUAGCAGUUUUGGCAAUACCCCAGGUACAUUCGCGUUGAAAGAGCCAUUCUCUAAGAUCGCUUGGUGUUGCAAGGAAAAUCCUGAAGACACCGGAAUUCUUCUUGCUGGAGGUGUACCAACCACCCUUCCUCAGAAAGGAUUGACAUUUCUUGAGUUGGGCCCUACUCCCGUAUAUGCUACUUCGACGUGGCAAAUUCUCACAAAUCACUUUGAGGCAAAACGUCAACAUUUACUACCUGUUCCUCCAGGAGCAGAAAUUGCCGAUUUCUGUCUUAUUCCGCGUGCUUCACCACAUUUUGCUGGCGCUCAAGAUCCUAUUGCUAUCAUUGCACUUCUCACCAAUGGAGAGCUUAUGACAUUGAGCUUUCCCAGCGGAUACCCAAUUUCACCUACAAACCAAUUACAUCCUUCAAUUUCCUUCGUCCAUCCAUUCGUGACAACAAUGGCUGUAGCACCUGUGGAACGAGUUAGAUGGCUCGGUAUGACAGAGAAUCGGCAACAAGGUCCUCAAGUUGUAAGGGGAGGUGCAGAGAGUACCAAAACUCUCAAGAGAUACGAGGCACGAAACAUUGUCCAAAUGGCACAUGGAGACGGAACCGUACGGAUCUGGGAUGCUGGUCACGACGACGAACUCGAGAAUAGUACUGUUCUUCAGAUUGACAUUGCAAGAUCGCUUGACAGAUAUGAUGAUGUGAAUAUCACCUCAUUAAGUAUGGGUAGCAGCACAGGAGAGGUCGUCGUUGGUACAGCGACUGGAGAAGUCGCUGUCUAUCGGUGGGGAGGCAACAAGCUCUUCGGGCGGGAAGCACCACAAACCACAGAAACCGUUGCUGGAGGUCUCACCGAUAUCGCCAGUCGUGCAGAGCCUACCUUGAAGGAAGGCCUCCAACCUUUCGUUCUAUACGACAUGGCUAAGGGGCCGAUAACCGCAGUCAAAAUGUCAGACGUUGGCUUUGUUGGCGUUGGCUCAGAGGCAGGCGUGUUCUCGAUCAUUGAUCUUCGUGGUCCAGCUGUCAUAUUCACCGCGUCACUUAGCGACUUUGUUAAGACCGACAAGCGAAGCAGUUUCAUGAAGAAAGGAAAUUCUUCCACUUCUACCAAACCAGAUUGGCCUGUUGUCAUUGAAUUUGGCGUUAUGACAUUGGAAGGUGAUAGCUACUCGAGCAUUGCUUGCUUUGUUGGUACGAACCUUGGCAAAGUUGCCACGUUCAAGAUCCUACCACAACCAAAUGGAGGCUACUCUGGUCAAUUCGCAGGUGUUACAUCAUUGGCUGACCGAGUUGUUUCAAUAUCCCCAAUCAACGCUGAAACAGGGAAGCUUGCACCUGCUACGGGACCAACUGUCGGCGCUUUGAGAACUGGCCAGCAGACUAAUGGCACACUCGUUGUUGUAACACAAACAGAAGUCCGUAUCUUCAAGCCUGCAACCGCAAAAGGUGCUCAUAAAACCUGGGACGACGUCCUAUGCGACGCCGCCAACGUAACAGACUUCGAAGAUCGCGGUCGAGCUCUCGUCUGCUUAUUCGGCGACGGUACAACCCGAGCAUACUCACUUCCAGCACUGAAAGAAAUAGGCAUUGCGAAAGUCAGCAUGCUCGACAAAACCAGAUCUACAAACUCCCUAGUGACUUCAUCCGGCGACAUUUUCGGCUGGACGGGUCCAUCAGAGAUAGCCAUGCUAGGAGUCUGGGGGACAGGACAACCACUCCCUAAAUCAACAGACAAGCUAUACAACCCCGAAGCCAUAGUCCCACCUCGACCAACAAUCUCCAACCUGCAAUGGAUCUCCGGAACUCAAUACGUCAGCCCAACAGACCUCGAUCUCCUUAUCGGCGGACCCGACAGACCGCCCAGUAAACGCAUGCUCGCGGCAGCCGCCGCCGAAGAGCGGCUCGCGCGCGCAGGAGGCUCGAGUCGCGGCGCCCCGGGCACGGUGUCGACGGAGGGGUGGGGGGACUACAUGACGAGGCAGCUGAAUGAGAGGACGGAGAAGCUGAAUAUCAUGGGGGAUACGACGGAUCGGAUGUUGGAGAGUAGUCAGGCGUGGGCGGAUGAUGCGACGAGGUUGGCGAAGAAGCAGGGGAGGGGGUUGAUGUUUAGUGGGAUUACAAAGGGGUUGUUUGGUUGAAUUGGGGUUGUGGGUGGGAGGCGUUGGUUUGGAAGGUUAGCUAGGUAGCUUGAGAUAUAAAAUGGCAUGGC